UGAAUUCAGUUGGCUUUCAGUUGUUUAUUCACUUGGUUGUGUUCCAGGCAACCAUCUCUAUGGCAACGGUUAUAAAAGUUGUUUCUGCUGCAACUUUUUGUGAAAUUUAUUGUCGCGGAUUGGGCAAGAGCAAAAUAAAAUAAACAAAGCUUCGAUCAGAUUUGAAGCUCUUCGCUUUGUGUCAUUUGUUAAGUUCGCAAACGCAACCACGUGGAACCGCAUUGAAAACUUCACAAUGGCUCAGGUGGAGGGACGAGCCAACGAGACGGAGAUGAAGGCAAUGGACGCCAAUCGCUAUGCGACCAAAAAAACUAUUGCCCAGGGCAUGCUGGAUAUAGCGCUGCUGACAGCCAACGCAUCUCAGCUGAAAUACAUACUCCAGGUCGGGGAGCAGCAUCAGUUCUAUAAGCUAAUGCUAAUACUGAUUAGCUUGUCCAUAGUUAUGCAGCUAUUGGUUGGAAUUUUGUUUGUGGCUAUCGGCAGUCUGAAUAUAAACAAGCAGCAAGACCAGACGGCAGCAAUUAUAUUGAACGAUAUCAUAUUGGUGGUCGUCUUCGUAAUAUCAGUGGUAAAUGUCAUAAUAUCUGGGUUCGGUAUCGAGUACUCCUCCCAGCCACUAAAACUCAUCGAUCAGCAUGCUAAAGUACCAUAGACAUAGAAAUGAGAUUAUAGAAUUUAAUGUAAAUUGUAAAACAUGAUGAACGAUAUUUUAUAAGGUUUCUAAUAAAUAAUAAACGGUAUAUAAAUGUCA